AUGACUCUUCCCACUCCCUAUCCGCCCAAUACCACUCACACCGUCCCUGCUCGCUCGUCCGUUGCCGUUCCUCUGUCUCCCUCCCAGAGACUGAUCGUGACGAACACCCAUGGCACCCAGGUGAUCGACUUCUGGGCGUUUGAGGUGCCUUCGGACGACGCUGCUGCUGCUGCACCUAGUGCUACUGCGUUGACCCCAAAAGAGUUGACCACCUACCUGUCGAUGCCGCACACGCGGGCGUCCUUGCUCAGCCUGAGCCCCGUCGCGCCGUGCACGCUGGCGACGAACCGGCGCACCCCCAUCCUCAAAUUCCUCAGCGACAGCUCGGGCUGUAUCCACGACACCUUGAUCCCGGCGUGCGACAUCCACCGGUAUCACCAGCUGGGCGUGGCCCCGGAUCAAUACCACGCCAACUGCUCGGACAAUCUGCGCAUGGCCCUUUCUCGCGAUACCCCCGGCUACACCCUCCCGGCGCCGUUCAACACGCCGACGUCAACCGUCCCGGACCCGCUCAACCUGUUCAUGAACAUCCCCGUCUCGCCGCUCCCCAAGGCGCUGCAUGAGAGCAACCGGUCUGCCGGCGGGGCGUUGAGCUUCGAACCGACGGUGUGCGAGAAGGGAGGCCAAGUCGCAUUCGAAGCGCUGGUCAGUUGUAUCGUCGUCAUGAGCUGUUGUCCGCAGGAUUUGGUGCCCGAGGUCAACGGCGGGAUAAUACACGACUGUUACUUCGUGGUGGAAGGCUAGGUACUUACGCCGUGUGGUUCGGGAAUCCGCGGUCCUUCAAGACACCGAUGGACACAGACGGAGAGAGCAAAGCGAGUUCAACGGGCCCAUGUGCACAUCAACGCGCCCCAGGAAGGACGUGUUGCAAGACCACACUCGCGAUUUUUCUCUCCGGCUUCGGUCAAGGACGGAGUACACCUUAUAUACCAAAGGGACGAAAAUAGGCGCAGUCGAAACCCAGAGCUGCUGCCCUUUGUAUCACGUUAAAGAAGGAGCUUUGCUGGGCACAACCAGAAAGUUGAGAUCCCCUCGAAUUGCCCCGUAGUGCUGUUGGACUA